AUGGAGGAGUCAGUGACCGCCUUUGAGACGCAUCUGACGGCCGUCAUGGACAGCCUGAUCCGCGCCUCGGUCUGCGAGAUCACCAAACUCUUCCAGGAGACGGUGAACGACUACUUGGUCGAGCUGUCCCUGAACAGGAAGGAGAACGACGCUCUCAAGCUGCGGCUGAAGCUCACCGAGGGCAAGCUGCGGACCGAGCGCAAGUACGGGCUGGGCUGGGCGUCCAACCGCCGCAGCGCGGGGCUGGCGGAGGCAGGGGAGGCGGGGGGCCGGCCCAAGAGAAAAGUUGACGCGGCCACUCAUGUGAAGACGCUUGUUUUGUUGGAAACCAUCUGGCAAGAGCUGAUCUCUCCCUCCCUCCCUCCCUCCCUCCUCCUCCUCCUCCUCCUCUUCCUCCUCCGCCUCCUCCUCAUGAUUGCUCCCUCUGUCUUUCACCUCCCCCUCUCCUCUCUCCCUUCUGCUUUCUGUCCCUCCCACUCCUCUGUGCACUGCUCCCUCCCUCCCCUCUCUGCUCCUUUCCCUCCCCCCACCUCCUUCUGCCUCCCUCCCUCCCCUUCCCGCUCCUCUCCUACUUUUCUCUUCUCCCUGCCCCCACCUCCUCCUGCUCUGCUCUCUCCUUCAUCACGCUGCACACACACACUCUCCCGCCUCCUUUCCUCGCCACUCUCCAUAAUUACACACUCCCGCUUCUCUUCCUCUUCUCUCCUCUCUGUCCCUCCGACCUCUUCAUCCAACCCCCGUCUCCUCGUCCUCCUUUUCCCCUCCAACUCUGCUUCUUCCUCUCUUCUUACGUUUUUCUCUCUCCCCUGCUCCCUCGCCUGUCCCUCUACGCCCCCUCUCCUUACUCGUUCAUCACGCUCACGCCUCCUCCGCUUGCUUAUUUCUCUCCUCUCCAACCUCUAUCCUACUCCUGUUCCCAUCUGCCUCUCCAAUCCCCCAUCUUCCUCCUCCUCAUGUCGCGUCUCUCCACCCACUUCUCUCCUUCAUCCUUCACUUCUUGUCUUCCAAUCAUCUCCUCCCACUUAUCUCUACCCCUUAUAUUUCAUCUGCUCUCUCCUUCCGCCCUGCACCUUUCCUCCAUCCGCCCAUCCUCCUUUCUCUGCAGGAGGCAGGUUUAAAAAGGGCCCCGCGGUUGCCUAUGGUAAAGGCUGGCCUGAAGGUGUGUGGGAGGAAAGAGGAGGAGGUGGCGGGGGAAGAGGAAGUGGAGGAGCUCUGGACUUGGUAGCAGGAGCGGGAGGAAGAGGGGGGAAGGAGGCGAGAGAGAUAUACCUCAUGCAGCUCCCCCGAGAUGAAGAGGAUGGAAGAGAAGAGAUGGUGGAGGACGAGGAAGGGGAGGGCAGCCUCAGCGCUGAGGGGGAGGAGACGACACACAUCAAAGAGGAGGUGAGGGAGACAGGCUUUCUCAGAGGAGGAGUAGGAGGAGAAAGUGGCACAGCAGCAACAUAUCGGCUUAGAGGGAACAUAUUUGCUCAGACGGAGGGCUAUCAGCCGGCCUCUCUGCAGCUCAUCAAGGAGGCUCUGAAGAUGGAUACGCCCAAGCACAACCUCCACGCCGCCUCCAGAUCUCAGUCCGAAGCCGACCUGUCCGACCGUUCCCCGCCUCUUCAUCCCAGACAGAGAGAGGAGGAGAGCUGGGAGAUGGCGUCUUCAGAACCAGCAGAUGGCGGUAUGACCAUGGAUGAGCUGCGGGGCCUGGAGUCUGCCCUGCGGGCCGAGAGAGGCCGGGAGCAGGCCACCAUGACGGCCUCACAGUGCCUCCCGGAGGCGGUGCGGGGGAGCGAGGGCCCCCCCCUCCCCAAGUACAUCGGCCUGGACGGAAUGGAGCAGGAGGGAGAGCUGGAGCCUCAGCCGCCCACUCUGCAGAGGGAGGACCCGGCCACGCCGGGCCGGGUGAAGGAGGAGGUCAGGGCCGGAGGGGGCGGCGAGGCGGAGCUGAGGGCGGCCUGGUCCAAAAAGCAGCGGGACGUGGACUCGGCGGCGGAGGACGGCGAGGACGGCGGCGAGCAGUCGGAGUCGGAGCAGCUGCACCAGCUGUCGGCCCCGGGGAGCGUGGGGGAGAGCGUGGGGGAGGAGGAGAGCGGCGGGGACCUGCUCCACUUCUGCCCCCAGUGCGGCGGAGGCUUCCCCUCCGAGGCCGAGCUGGAGGAGCACCCCUGCCCGCUGGGCGGCGCCCACCUCCCGGGCAGUGGCGGCGAGGCCGGCCUGUUCCCCUGCGCCCACUGCGGCAACACCUUCAGCCACACCUGGGCCCUGAAGAACCACGAGUGCGCCUGCGCCGCCGAGCGGCCGCACUGCUGCGAGAUCUGCGGCAAGCGCUUCACGCACUCCCGCUCCCUGGAGCGCCACCACCUGGUGCACACGGGCGAGCGCCCGCACCGCUGCCCGCAGUGCGGCCGCAGCUUCAGCCGCCUGGGCAACCUGGAGCGCCACCAGAGGAUCCACACGGGCGAGCGGCCGUACGGCUGCGAGGCGUGCGGGAAGCGCUUCAGCCGGGUGGAGUACCUCAAGAGACACCAGCUGAUCCACAGCAGCGAGAAGGCGGCGCUCCAGUGCUCCAGCUGUGGGCGGGGCUUCAGCGACGUGGAGCAGCUGAAGAACCACCAGUGUUUUUAG